GAGCCCCGCCCCCUGCCGCUCUAGUCACGCUGUGGGUGGCAGUUGCCAGGCCCCGCGGCGGUUUCUGUUGGUGCGCGGCCCUGCACCGCCGCCCCCCAGCCGGGGCCGCCCCUUGCCGCAGCGGCGCGGCCCCGUCCCCCACCGCGGCUGAGAAAUCUCCUCCUAUAUGGAUCAGCCCGCUAGUGAUGGUGAAGCUGGGAAAAGGCUACUGUAACCACCGCCAGGAUGAAUCGGCUGCCAGAUGAUGGUGCAAAUGCUCAGAGCAGCUGUCGGGGCUCUUGUCCUUCCUUGCAGGAUGUCCAUUCCAUCAACCCAGCGCAGCUGAUGGCAAGGAUCGAGUCAUAUGAAGGAAGAGAGAAGAAAGGCAUAUCAGAUGUCAGAAGGACUUUCUGUUUGUUUGUUACCUUUGACCUUUUAUUCGUAACCUUGCUGUGGAUAAUAGAGCUAAAUGUAAAUGGGGGCAUUGAGACUACUUUAGAGAAGGAAGUCCUGCAGUAUGACUACCAUUCUUCAUAUUUUGAUAUAUUUCUACUGGCAGUCUUUCGAUUUAACGUGUUAAUACUUGCAUAUGCAAUGUGCAGACUGCGCCAUUGGUGGGCAAUAGCUUUUACAACAGCAGUGACCAGUGCCUUUUUAUUAGCAAAAGUAAUUCUCUCAAAGUUGUUUUCCCAGGGUGCUUUUGGCUAUGUGCUGCCCAUUAUAUCCUUCAUACUUGCCUGGAUAGAGACCUGGUUCUUGGAUUUUAAAGUGUUACCACAAGAAGCAGAAGAAGAAAACAGGCUCUUACUGGUGCAAGAUGCGUCUGAGCGAGCAGCUCUUCUUCAGCCUGGACUCCUCUCUGAUGGGCAGUUUUAUUCUCCUCCAGAAUCUGCAGCAGGAUCUGAUGAAGAAUCUGAAGAAAAGCAGGAUAGUGAAAAACCAAUUGUAUAGCAACUAUGAGAGAUAACAGAGUGAAAAUCUGAAUCAAAGGCCAUUAGGGAAUUGCUUAUAUUGAAACUGUAACGACAAUGUCUGCAGUUGCCUUUUUGGUGGAACUGCUAACAAAAGAAUUUAUUUAUUAGAGAGCAAAAAAGAGUGAUUCCCGUGUACUGUAAUACCUCACAAACUUGUUCUGUUCACAUAUAUAUAUAUAUUAGCCUGCCUCAUGGCUGUUAUGAAAAAUUACUC